UCAGGUUUUAGUUCAGGUCAGGUCAAACAGAUAAUCUGAUAUAACCUGACCUAACCUGAUCCAUUUGGAAUUCUAAUUAGGACUAACUUAUAGAAUCAGGCAUUUUAACUGAUUCUAUUAAGAGUCUAUUCAAAUACUUUCAGUUUCUACCUAUUUUAAAGUACCUUAUCUAAUUUCUUUCAGUGUUAAUAUGUAUUCAAAUGGCACUUUUUUAUAUGCCAAUCACAUAACCCAUAUUCAGAAGCCACCAUACAAUGUUCAUGUUUGCAUAGAGGUCACUGGUGUCUUUUCUGGUGAAAAUAAUACCCUUCUUGUUGUCUGCAUCCCUACCCACAAACCUUCCCUUAAUUGGAAAAAUACUGGCAAAUGUAUUUACCUCCCAUUUGAUAUUAUUCUCAGAUUGUGAAGGUCAUUCCUUACACAAAUUUAUUGAUGGGAAUGAGCCACUUCGUCCUAUUAUAGAUUUUGAUUUGCCAGUAGAAAUAUUAAUUCGUGAUCU